AUACGGUGCCGUGUGCCGUUGCCGUUGGCCCUGUCGUUUCGCCAGCACUCCCUCUCCGCCCCCACAAAACUCCAAACUGAUCCAAGAGGCGAUCCAGCAACGGAGAAGCCCCCACGCCACGCGCGCUCAUCUCCUCGCCGCCUCGUUAACCACUCCGCCGUCAGCGCACCGGCAGCCCGGCACCGGGCGCGCACGGUGCGAAUUGGACGAGUAGCCGGCCGAUAACCACUGCGUCUCUCUCUCUCUCUCUCUGUCCACGCACGAGCAUCGAGAGGAAGGUGCACGCGAGGCCAUGGCGGCCGCCGCGUUGGACGCCGAGGCCGGCGCCACCAACGGCAGCGGCGGCGUCAGCCACGCCGCCGCCAAGCCGGGGCCCACGGCCGGGGCCGAUGCCGGCGCCGCCUUCGUGCUGGAGUCCAAGGGGACGUGGUGGCACGCGGGGUUCCACCUGACGACGGCGAUCGUGGGGCCGACGGUGCUGACGCUCCCGUACGCGCUGCGCGGGAUGGGGUGGGCGCUCGGCCUCACCCUGCUCUCCGUCAUGGCCGCCGUCACGUUCUACGAGUACUCGCUCAUGUCGCGCGUCCUCGACCACUGCGAGGCGCGCGGGCGGCGCCACAUCCGCUUCCGCGAGCUCGCCGCCGACGUCCUCGGAUCCGGGUGGAUGUUUUACUUCGUGGUUACCGUGCAGACCACCGUGAACACCGGCGUCAGCAUCGGCUCCAUCCUGCUCGCCGCCGACUGCCUCCAGAUCAUGUACACGAGCCUUGCUCCGCACGGUCCCCUGAAGCUGUACCACUUCGUCAUCAUGGUGGCCGUGGUGCUGGCCUUUCUCUCCCAGCUACCGUCUUUCCACUCGCUGCGGCACAUCAACUUCGUCUCGCUGCUCCUGAGCCUGGGCUACACAGUCCUCGUGGCAGCCGCCUGCGUUCGUGCUGGUUUGUCCAAGAAUAGUCCUGCGAAGGACUACUCGCUAAGCUCGUCCAAGUCCGAGCAGUCCUUCGACGCUUUCCUGUCCAUUUCCAUCCUUGCCUCCGUCUUCGGCAACGGCAUACUGCCUGAAAUCCAGGCGACGUUGGCGCCACCGGCAGCGGGGAAGAUGAUGAAGGCGCUGGUGCUGUGCUACUCCGUCAUCGUCUUCACCUUCUUCCUCUCGUCGAUCACGGGCUACUGGGCCUUCGGCAGCAACGUGCAGUCCAACGUCCUCAAGAGCCUGAUGCCGGACUCGGGCCCCGCCCUCGCCCCGACGUGGCUGCUGGGCGUCGCGGUCCUCUUCGUCCUCCUCCAGCUGCUCGCCAUCGGCCUCGUCUACUCCCAGGUGGCGUACGAGAUCAUGGAGAAGGGAUCCGCCGACGCCGCCCGGGGCCGCUUCUCGCGCCGGAACCUCGUCCCGCGCCUGCUGCUGCGCACGCUCUACCUGGCCUUCUGCGCGCUCAUGGCCGCCAUGCUCCCCUUCUUCGGCGACAUCGUGGGCGUGGUCGGCGCCGUCGGCUUCGUCCCGCUCGACUUCGUGCUCCCCGUCCUCAUGUACAACAUGGCGCUCGCGCCGCCGCGCCGCUCCCCGGUCUUCAUCGCCAACGCGGCCGUCAUGGUCGUGUUCGCCGGCGUAGGGGCCAUCGGCGCCUUCGCCACCAUCCGCAAGCUCGUGCUGGACGCCGACAAGUUUAAGCUCUUCAGCAACAAUGUUGUCGACUAAAAUUCCAACGCAUCUUGCUCUUAUAUUACUCCUCAGGGUGUUGUAUAUCAUCGAGUUGUUGUAGCGGUAAUGUGAGUAAUCAGGGCAUACUAGCUGUAUGUGUACAUACAUUCCACUAUUCGAGAGUAUAGGCAAAUCAUCAUCUAAGUUAUUAAAA